AUGCAGCUUCUUUGUGCGCUUUUGACGCUUGUGAGCGGUCAACCUCCCCGGCCAAGUGAAAUCUUUGAAAGUUCGUAUCGAGAAGUUCGCGGAUGGGUUGAUCAAAACUGGUGGGACUUCAAGGCUUUUGUCGACGCGCUCGAUUCAUCGUUGUUUCAGCCUUUCUGGGAAUUCUGCCAUGAAGAAUGCGAGCUUGAAGAUGAUGCCGGACUUGAUCGAGAGAGUUUCAUUGGAUGCGGUGAAGCUUUUUCAACUACUUAUGGCGAGUACCAUGAGAGUUUUCCCCACUGGGGCAGUUUCUUAGAACCAGUUUGGGAGAAAGCUGACUGGAAUGACAGUGGAUUCGUUGAUUGGGAUGAAUGGCGAUACACUGAGGCUGUCUUAGGAGGAGUUUACGCGAACGUUUCUUUCCAAAGAAGUGGCAAAAGUACCGCCGACGAACUGACAGGAUUUCAGCUUGAAAUAUCCAUUGGUUUCACUCGCCAACAAAUGCGUCUUUUACGCGAGCUCGAAACUGAUAGGCGAAACUUUUACUUUAACCUUUGGAAUGCUUCACAAGUGGAUGAAAAUUCGGAUACUGCGGAUAAACGAGAAAUCAGCCUUUUUUGGAUCAACUUUUGGAACUUUCUCAUUACUAAAGCUUGA